GCAUGGGGAUCUAGAGACUGCGGAUCCGCCAUUUUCAUACACCGUACCCUAAAACUUGACAACUUUCGUCCUGUGGAUUAUUUUCCCCGUUUUUAACGUGAAUUUUACUAUGAUUAAGACAGAAAUGUGGAUAACUUGUAUACAUUAACUAAACUAGAACAAUGAACGGGCUAAAAUCAAACAUUGGAGGAAAGAAUGGACGACAGAUGCAGCAGGGUACAGGUGCCAUCCCCACCCUGAGGAUACAGGCCGACACCCCUGUACCCCGGUCAAAUGGAAACACACCCAUCCCCAGUAAAACUGACAAAGUCCAGCUCCCAGCAUUAUCGAAUACCCCACGCAUUGUACAGCAAGGCAAACCAUGUGCUCAAACUACUCCACGCAUCCCGCACCCAAAUCAAGUCGGCUACUAUCGCUAUGGAAAUAAAACUGAUCUCAAUGGAAUGGGACCCAUGUGCUUUGGCAUCAAUCAACGCAAAGACAAGAGCAACAUGGGCCACAAUGUUGCUUGCAUGCAGCAGCAGAAUUCAAAUCUUCAUGUUCCUAAUAGAGGAUUAGAGAAUGCCACCCCCACCCCUAGUGAGGUGUCUGACAUUAUCACUCCUAGAAACGGGGACAUGACCCCCAAAGUGGAGCCUGGCACUGCACCAUAUCACAGUGGAACAAAUAAUGACAAACAUGUUUUUCUGGAACCACUUCCUGUCACUAAGCAGGAAUGGAACCCAUACAAACCACUGGGCCACAUUCAGACCUCUGUACAAGGAUCUGUCCAUGGGAGUGAAGCUGACAGAAAUUCCCUAUCCCAGGGUAUGAACAGCGCAGCCACCGUGUCUCUGUCUCCAUUCCAAAACAUGGAGAUGACUUCUCCCUCUGGAUCACAGUACACAAGCCCACGACACUCUGCUCACAGAAUGCAUGGAACUAAACGAGCCCUCUCUAUCUCACCCAUCGGGUCUGAUGGCAUGGACCUGUACUCUCUGAUCAGGACCUCCCCCACAUCUUUGGUGGCCUACAUCAAUGGAUCAAGGAGCUCCUCCACCAGUGUGUCCCCCCAGCCAGGCCUACAACAUGGACACUUUGGUCAUCUUAUAGCACACCGGACACAGAGGUGCAGCACAGGAAGUCCCUUUUCCAGUUCUGGCUCCUCCAAGAACCGCAUGAAUCAUACGCCAAUGAGCACAGCCUCUGGCUUUAAGAGGGAAACAGAAGUUGGACUCCAUGAGAAUCUUUCUGACAUAUUUCCGGAUAUUGUCAGUAACCAGGUGGUUGUACAGCAGAGUGAGAUACCAUUCCUGGAACAGCGUGCCAUGCAGGACAUGCAGAUGUACCACAGUGGGGCACGAUCCACCACCUCCACCCACUACCCCCCACCCACAUACAAUCAGGCUGUCGGCCAACAACCAACACCUAUUAGCAUGAUGCCUCCACCCCCAGCUCCCAGCAUGCCCCCUCCAUCGUGCAUGUCCGUACCCCCUCAGCCCCUGGCCCAGCACAAUACAAAUGCUGCUAACAUGGUGAACAAUAACUCAUUAAUGAGUGAGAACAGUUACCUUGGUAACAGCAUGCCUCCACCCGAAGAUGGAGAGGUGGAUGAAAAUGGAGAAAAACAAAAUAUAUGCAAGUGGAUAGACUGUAAUCAGAUGUUCAAAGAACAGGAUGAGUUAGUGCGACACUUGGAAAAAGCCCACAUUGACCAACGGAAGGGCGAGGAUUUUACGUGUUUCUGGUCUGGAUGUCAACGUAGAUAUAAACCCUUCAAUGCCAGAUAUAAACUCCUUAUCCAUAUGAGAGUGCACUCAGGGGAGAAACCCAAUAAAUGCACGUUUGAGGGCUGUACGAAGGCAUUCUCACGACUGGAGAACCUCAAAAUACACCUUCGAUCUCACACUGGAGAAAGACCUUACAUUUGUCAGCAUGCUGGCUGUGCCAAGGCAUUCUCAAACUCAUCAGAUCGAGCCAAACAUCAACGCACGCAUCUCGACACGAAACCAUAUGCUUGUCAAGUUGCUGGAUGUACCAAGAGGUAUACGGAUCCGAGCUCACUACGCAAGCAUGUCAAAAAUCACAAUCAAAAGGAUGGGUCAGUUAAAAAGAAGUUGAAGAAGGAGAAUGACUUGGGAGGAGUGAUGUUAAAUGACUGUCUCCAGGUCCAACAGAUGCAGCUCGAACAGAUGCAGCAGCCUCCCCCGGAGACUGUGGACAUGCGGGGCCUGGUGACAGGGCCAACAACGGACCUCUACUCAGUGGGAGUGAACUACAACAGCGGAAAUACCUCAGCCAAUCAGUCGCCGGGACCAGUAAUGCAGCAGCAGAACAGCCCACUGAAUACAUCUGGUGGACUCAGCGCUGUGGAGGAAGAAAGAUUUGGCACGUUUUCACCAGCACCUCCCUCUACCCAGACCUACAAUACCUCACGUCGUCACUUCAUCCCCAUGCGGACGGGAAUGCCUCCGGUUAUGAGGGCCCAAAUGCAUCAACAGAUGUACCCCAAUGCAUACCAGCAGUAUAUUCAGGAACAAGAUGGACAGUAUCGUAACAAUAUGUACGAUCCAGCAAAUUAUGACAAUAUGCACAGACUCACAGGAGGAAUUGAGGGUCUUCCUGAUGAGUUUAACAUGUCCCUCCAGUGUGGUGCCGAGGAACAGCAGACACAGCAGUACCUCCAGCACACCGCCAUCGAUCGCUGCAACAGUCGCCUGUCUGCCAUAUACGCAGAUGGCACUACCUAGUGACGCAUAAUGGAAAUUUGUCAUCUGUGAUAUAGUUUUACUGUCUGUUACGCAAUCCAGCAAAAUAGUGACAGUUUUUUCUGUGUGUAUAAUGUAACAGGUGCCCUCCAAUCAUCUUAGACUACACAAGGAUUGACAUUUUUAACACUACACAAAGCGUAGUUUUUAGCAACUUAUGUAUUGUGGCAAUAACUCAUACUGUUAAGUGCUACCAUCCCUGGUUUAACAGAAGUGCUGUAUGUUUUGUACUUGUCACACUUGUAAAUCACUUCAUCAUGUCCUGUGAUUUUUACCACUGUAUGUACAUAAUCAUUGUUCAACAUCCACCUGUUUUUGCAACACACUCCUAGGCAGUACUUAACAUUUUAUAUAAAAUUUCAGAAGUUAGAUUUUUUUUACAAAAGUUAUUUUUUUCUUUUUUAAAAGUUUACUAAUUUUAGUCCGUCCUGUAGCCUGGAAUUUUUUGUUUUUUUCCCUGUGAUCCGUCCUCUGAUCAGUAUUAUCUCCCUUCACACCUAAUACUGAUUCCAUUUUACACAGUAUUAGAUAAAAACAACUGUAUUUGUUAUGGUACAGGUGUGGUCAAAAGUUAAUAUCUACUUUUUUUCACAUAAUCGGAGUCCAUAUAUUAGAGAUGUAUUUUCAGCACUCCGUCCAUUUGCCACACACUGUAUAGCCCUUUUACCUGUAUAGUCCUCAUUUCUUCCUUUCGAUCACUUUUCUCUGGUUUCUAUUAAUAUCACAUAACACUUUUCAUUUGUUUGUAUUAACAUAAUAUGUGCCAAUCAAAUGUGGUAUUUAUUUAGAUUGAGUAUCACAUAGUCGGCUGCCCCAGUGCCCCUAUCUUAUUUAUCGUAUAUGAAGUAUUUAUUUUGUUAUCAUCAUUUUAUAGCUGUGAUCAUCUUGUCAACAUCCAGUUGUGUCCCCUGCCAAAGAUUCACCCCAUACUUUAUAAUUCACCAUCCAUUGUUUUGGCCUGUUGCCAAUCCGUCCAGAUCAAAAUGGCCAACAUUUUUCAUGUUGUCCAUGUAAAUAGCAUACAUGUGUAAUCAUAGUUAUGCUUUAGUUGUAAUCCCCUUGCCAAAGCCUUGAUUUUGGGAACUGUAAUUUAUACAUAUAUUGACAGAAUGAAGACAUAAGAGCUAUUUAUACAUCAAAUGGUUUUUUUUUUUGUUUGGUUAUUUGGUAAUUGCAAAUGUAACCAAAACUAUCAAAAUUAAACUACGCGUUUUGAUUUUUUUUUUUUCAUUUUGUUUGUGAAUAUUUUAUCAUGUGAUAUAAUUUGUGUUGCUAGGUAACUAGAUCAUAUAUUGGCCAGUCACCUUUGGAGCACGACCAUUCUUCCUGGCGACGUAUAUACCCUGCGGUAUAUAACUAUGAUGCACGCGUGCUGCUCUGAUGUAUUAAGCUUGUAGUUAUAUGUAUAAUUAUUUACUUUGUAGUAAGUAAUAUGACCACUCUGAUUUUGUUCUUAAAAAAAGGAAAUCUUUAUUUUUUGACAUAAGCAAUCAUUUAGAGCGUGUUAUAAACCACCUGGUGUGGUUGAAGAAAAUUAAACAGGAGUAAAAUGUUUAGUGGCUACUUAAAAACAUUCCACACAAUUUCUGGGACGCAGUUUCAAGUAUUUGAUGUUAAUAAGACAGACUUGUUAAUGUGUGUGUGUUUUUUUUUAAUGUUGGUUUAUUUACCUGUAUAAUUUGCCUUUUCUUUUGAAUGCUUUUAUUGAUAAGCUUUGAAGAUUUUACAAGUACUAUUUGUUGUUUAUUUUACCAUCAAAGGGAGACUACUUGUAUACAGAUAAUCGUAGUGUUUACGAUAAAAUGUCCCUCCUCUCUUCUUGCUUUUCGAAAGGUAACAUCAGACUUGUUAUGGGAAGUCUGGAACUUCCUAAGUCAAAGGAGAAAUACAAAUAAAUUUUUCAAAACAGCAAGAAUUGAUAGAGAGGGUGAAGAGAGUUUGAAAUGUUGGAGGGCAAAAGCUUUUCAAUGAGGCCGGAUCAUUUAGACAAGCACCUUGCACAUUGCAGUUUUAGGAUUGGGGUCUGUGUGCAUGCAGGAAUCAUCCUGCCUGGCCCCACCAAGCCAAAACACUUUUGUAAAUUAAAUCAAAAGAUUUUAGCAUGCAUAUGAAGACUGUUUCUUGUUUAAAGUGCCUUAUUUGGAUGUCAGCUUAUAUUCUGUUAUUUGUUGUUCAUUAAAUGGUCCUGGAAAUUGUA